CAGUACAUAACACAUAGUCUACCACUUCAGUUUGCAUUAAACUCAAAAUUUUUAGUAAUACAUGUCCAUUGCAAGAAUGAUUUAACCACAUCCAUUUAUAGAUCCAUAAUUUCUGGAAAAAGAAAAAAAGAUGUAUAGACAACCAGUAAACACAGGCCGUAAACCAAGUUCAGAGAACUUCUGCUCCUCGAUUAUGCACAAAAUUAGGUGGAGAUCUCAGGAGCGCUAUCCUUCCGGUGACCAAGGCCAGCGCACUGCACAUUCCAAGAUGAAAUCAGCACAAGAGUACACACUACGUGGAAAUUCAGAUAAAUGCAACCAUGACGGUAAAAGAAUAAAAGACAUUAAGUACGUUGCUAAGAAGGUGAGAAGGGUGACGUCAUCAAUUCCACUUGUUAUUAGGAGUGGAGAGGCUUACGAGGUGGGGGUGGAAGGCUGUGAAUCAUGUACCUUGGGACGAGAGGGCUAUAAGAAGAUAUUGCAGUCCAUCAAAAUUAUAGAAAUACUAGUCGAUGGCGUCAUCGAAAAAGAACAAACCGACCUGCUGGAUAGUAAGGAGAUCGGCUUAGAUGACGGGUUUGGUGAGGGGGAUAAAAGUAAUUUGAAAAAAGGUUCCUCAUAUGACGAACAACCAUCACGUGAAAAGGAUGUUAACGUUGAGAAAGACGCCGUUGACCAUAAUCUCAAAUGCAUUCUAAUCAUGUUACAGAAGUGCAUUGGGGACACUCUUGUUCAAAUUUGUUACGUGAAGAGUAAGAACUUGACUGAUGACAAGAAAUACAGACACUUUAAUAUCCCCAUCAGUGAUCUCAAACUUUUGAAAUUUGAGUUUACAAACUUAACACAUAUAAUAAUACAACUAUUCAAAAAGAACGUAAAAGGAAGUAAGGUAGACGAGGAUAUGUGCGUCUUGUGUGUAAAGGAAAAACUGAUUGACUGCCAAGGAAGACUAGUGGAUGAAUUAAAAUCAGGAAGGAAUUUAAAGGUAGUUAUGAAAAACGGUAAAGCACGUGAAAAUGAACAGCCUUGCUGUUCCCGUGAAUACCCCCAUGUUCAUGCAGAGGCGGAGGGCAAUCCCAUCGUCCUGAAGUACUCUCUUCCUUUUCAAGUAAAUAAAACUCCAGAGAAAGAUGUUCCGCUUGACAAACCAACAACCAAACAAAAAACCACACCAAGUAAAUCUGGAAGUAAAAAUGUUUCUGACAUAAAGGAAUCACCGAAAGACUCUGAUGAAAAAGUACAAGAAAAUAAACCAGUUGAGAAUAAUUCUCAACCUAUAGAUUAUAGUACAACUGGGAAUACAAAUGGGCAACAAAAGAAAGAAAUUCCAAUCAACAAAAUAACCAAACCCAUACCUUACGACCAAUGGCCAGAUGAAGCUGGUGAUGAAACAGAGGUUAAAUCUGCAGAAAAGGUUGAAACAGAUCAUACAAUUCCUUUAGAAGGCGAUAAUCCGUUAGAGGUAGAAAAAGAUAGUAAAAUAGACUCUUCUAAUGUUAAUGACAUUCCAGAAAGACAAUCUCAAUGCAAAGACAUAGAUACAGUUAAAAACACUUCUAGUCCUGAAAACAUUAAUGAAACAAUUUCAGAUGCCGCUGAUGAAGUAGUAGACGACGAGCUGUACUGUGGCUGUAACUUUGACAAAGUUUUUGAAAAACUUAAAAUAAAAUUACCACCAACCAGUGACCGUGACUCCUUGUCAAAUUCCAGUGUGUCCACGGAUUCAUUUAAUACGAAUAGUUCAUAUAAAGACGUAGGAAAAAGGGGAAGAUCUAACAAAAAAGUUUCUUUUAUGGAUAACAAUAAAUUUUAUCCAAUUGAAGUUAAAAAUCCAAACACUGUAUUUGAUGUGGUACCAGAAGCGGUCUCUGGCGGUAAAGAAAAGGAUGAAGAAUUUAGCAACAAAACUCCGUUCGGUGAAACUACUAGAGAAGCUCCUGUAUACCUUACUGCAGUAGAUUCCAUUAUAUUAGCGAAACAGAGGCUCUCAUCAUGUGAGCAUGAACAUUCAGAAAUAAAAGACUUUCUUGAAGAUAAAGAAGUGGUUUGUGCGUUUAAACAAUUCAUCCCUACAUCUGAAUAUGUGGUUCACGUGGCAACUCAAGACAAAACUAACAUUCGAGAUAUACUACCUAAAUCAAGGACACAUAUGUCUAAGAGAAGUAAAAUUAUUGAAGACAUAUUGAAAGAUGUUGAUAGCAAUACCAUUCGUGAAUUGCAUACGGACCCUGAUUGCUACGGGGAAUAUGCGUUAAAAGAGUAUGGCAGUGAAUCAAAUCUUCCGAUAAGUACCAGUAUACGGUCUCUUCCUUUGGAUCAUGACGAUUUGAAUUCCAUAUCCGCUUUUUUGGGUAAAGAUAUGUCCCAAGCUGAGAUUAUGUUGGUAUCUGAUGAGGAUACGACCGAUCAGAUGUGUGUUUGGGAAACACAAUAUGACGAUCAGUCUACGGAAGAGAACAGAACGAAGUGGCUCCGAGCUUUUGCCGGAACAGAAAACCCGUCUCACCAUCUAUUCACCACACUGCCAGAGCCUCGUAGAGAACGUUCGUCUUUGCGAAGGUCCGUUGUGAAAGGAUAUAGAACCCGAGAAGUCCACCAAACAUUACCGACAAUCGCGGAAGAAGUUGCAUUCGUGGUUGAUGACGAGGAUUUUCACAUACCAUACGUUCCUAGUAUAUCGUCUUUACCAUUGAACGAGGUAGAGCUAAAUGAGCUUUUGAAAAAGAAACGUCCUUUGGCUAAACAUAAAACUAUGGAACUUAGAUAUUUUACAGUGGAAUUCCCUCAGACGGAUAAGAGUAAUAAGAGUAGUCCUCAGGAAAAUCAGAUCCUGAACAAUUCUAGUAGCUUCGAUGAAAACAAAAUACCCUCAAGUAAUGAAUCUUUUCAUUCCUGUUGCUCAAGUGUAAGUGAUCUAUGCACCGAUAUUGUUAGCAAAGAAUGUUUGAAAAAAGACAAACAAACCCUGUCUCCAUAUAAAGAAACAAACUCCACACUAAAAGCAGUAGAUGAAAUGAUAAUGCUGAACGCCAUAUUUUUAAGUGAUGGAUAUUUGGAAGACAAGAAAACACGUAGCUUGACAAAGAAUUCUCCACAAGAUAUUUAUAAGUUGGCAACAUAUAAUUUUGUUACAAACCGUCCGUGUAACAGUUUUGUAAGCAACGGUUCAGUAUUAAAUUUCAACCCUCGAAAACUAUCCUAUACAAUCAUUAAAGACAAUUAUUCCCAGUGUUGUGUAUCAACAACUGAUAAAGAUAAACCUUUAGUAACUACGACCAAUGUACAGAAAUACAACAGAGUUACUGAUGGUAUCAAUAGGUUUACGCAUUGUGAACGAAACACUCAUAAAUAUUCCAGUGAAAAAUUAAAUGACUCAAAUGAGAAAGACAGUAUUGAUUCAUCAAUUCAUUUCGAAAAAAAUAAGUCAUACACUAUAUUAAGAAACUCUGAUCCGUCAUCGCUUGACUACAAUAUUCCAAAUAUCGAUAAUUACAAAUUCACUUACUUAAGAAACUCAGCACGCUUAACUGACGCAAACCCAUAUCAACCUAAUAUAAAUCAAAAACAAGAAGUUUUGGACUCGGCUACCCCUUCGACAUUUAAUUCAUGUCCCAGGAUUAAUAGAUCGUACACAAUAAUAAACAGCAAAAACCAUACAAAUUUACCUCAUAUACUUUCACCAGCGGAACAUAGCAAUGAAAUUAUUAAACCAAACACAAUUACUAGAGAUACGUUAGACACUAAACGAGACUGUGUUGUGAAUGGUAAUAAUACUGAUCUAAUGCAUAAAGCAAAUAGUAAUCUAGUAAAAUUCACUCAGAGUAACGAAUGCAUGGCCGACGAUGAUAAAAAUAUUGCGCCAGAUGCGGUUGAAUGGUGUAGAGAGGAGUUGAACAAGGUCAUAAGUGAACAUUCUAAAUAUAUAAACAAAUCUCUUAGAAAAGAAAAUGUUUCUGGUGUAAAAGUGAAUUGUAUUUCUAAUGAUAACUUUUACAGCGCGCAAAGUACAGAAAUCUGCGAGAUUUCGGGGUACAAAGCAGAACAGAAUAUAGUACCAAACAUCAGAAGAUCGUCUUAUCCCCGAGUGCCAUUUAGUGACAAUGUGUGUAUAGAGGAAAGAAUAACUCCUCCACAAUCAAUAAUAUCAAAGCUUUGCGAACUACUUGAAACCGAAAAAGGAACAUUGAUGUCUUCAAUUAAAAAUCUUGAAACUUCAAAAAUGGCUGAGGGAGAUAUUAGUAUAAAAUUUGGUGAUUUUCAAUCAGUAGAGAAAAACCCAUUACAACUUGGCGAUGACGGUUCCAUAAACAAUAAAAAGGACUUUGGUUUUGAAAAACAAUACAUUAGCGUUAAGAAAUGUCCCAUAAACAAAACCGAUACAUGUAAAAUCAAAUUCGAACUAACCUUAGAUGAAAAAAGCCAUGUAAACGACCAGAAAGAGAAUAGUAAUACUAAAGACAAUUCCAAAACCAAUCUUUGCCAAAGUACUAAUUGUAAAAUGGAUCUAACAGAUGUUCGAGCAAACGUAGUAAGAGGACGUGAUACAUUAACGGAAGCUACUCAAAUCAUUGAAGCCAAAUGUUCCAGUUGUAGCUUCAUGAGUGACCGUCGUUCUGGUGAUCACACAAGUAAAGCUUGGUAUUUGUACGACGCCAGUGGUCUACCUUUGACUGAUAAUUCUGGCCGGCUUCUACGAAAGAAUAAUGGAGAGUUGCUCGUAGUUUGUGAUGCGGCAGGAAUUCCGAUCUCUGAUGCCGAUCGUAACCCGAUAUAUGAUGCAUAUGGUAGGUCUCCAGGCAACAGUCAGUUUAAUCCAUCAAAACCGUUGAGUAUAGACAUUUUAAAAACUUUAACAACAGCGGCUGGAAGUCCCAUAUCGGUGUAUGACAUAAAGGGGAGGCCCUUAACAAGUGUCAGUGGGACAAUGCUUUUUGACUGUACUGGAAGAGGAUUGAUACGAUAUGGGAGUCAUGGUAGCCCAAUAAGUGAUUUAAGCGGAAAACCUUUAUUUGAUGCAUACGGCCGACAGAUAACUGACUAGUAAAAAACUAAACGCUCUUUGUUUUUUUCCUGUGUUAGUACUUAAGUUAAUAAAUGUGAUUACAACAGUGAAA